AUGGGUAAUAGUCUUGUUGUCCUGGGCAUUGCCGUUUGCGCACUGCUACUCCUCGGAAAUGUUUUUGGAAGACGAAGACUCCCGCUUCCGCCUGGCCCAAAAGGCAGGUUUCCAGGCCUGGGCAUGACUUUUGACGCCCCGAAAAAGUACCCUUGGGUCAAGUACGCCGAGUGGGCAAGUAUCUACGGGCCCAUCAUUCACUUCCGCAUUGGAUUGCAGCACAUCAUCGUUAUCGGCUCUGGACACGUUGCCAGGGAGUUUCUGGAUCGCAGAUCUCAGAUCUACAGUUCUCGCCCUCCAUCUCUGGUGGGACAGAUCCUCACUGGUGGAAAGCGAGCAGUCUUGAUGCCGUACGGGCCUCGCUGGAGAGCCGUGCGAAAAUCUUUCGCCAACAUGUUGACAGCAAAGAAGUGUGAUGAGUACGCCAACAUGCAGACCAAGGAAGCCAUCACAAGCUGCUACGACGUUACCCGCACACCGGAAAGGUACCGCGACCACCUCGCCCGCUACUCACUGAGCAUCGCUAGAAGCAUCGCGUUCGGCCGACGAGUCCCGACCCCGGAUGAUGAAUUCUCUCACGAGGUGAGGACUUUUAUGGAGCAGUUCUCCAAGGCCAUGGCCUCUGGCAGGUACAUCAUCGAGUACAUGCCCUUCCUCAACAGGCUUCCGCGAUUCCUGAAGCCAUGGCAGGCUGAGCUCGAGGGAAUGCGACAGAAGGAAUUUGAGUUUGCCACAAACAACCUCAAGACAGCGCUCAUGGAUGUUGAGGAGCACCCUGAUCGACCAUGCAUUGCUCUAGAUCUCAAGAAGAACAUGGAGAAGGCCAACAUAGAUGAAUACAAUGACGAGUUGCAGCUGGCUAUUACCUGCUUGGAAAUCCUGGGCACGGGAUCGGAGACCACAGCCACGUCGCUCAUGACUACCGUCCACGCGCUGGCCAUGAACCCCGGAGUCGUUGCCAAAGCCCACGAGGAACUUGACCGGGUCAUUGGACGUAAGCGCUUCCCUACUUGGACCGACGAGCCUGAGCUGCCAUAUCUCCGAGCUAUCAUCAAAGAACAGCAUCGAUGGGCCUCGAUUGCUCCCCUGGCCCUAGCUUUCGCGCAUUGGUCAGAAGAAGAGGAUGUAGUCGAGGGUUACCGCAUCCCCAAGAACUCCAUCGUUCGGAUCAAUACUUGGGCCAUCCACCAUGACCCCAACCGUUACGAGGAACCUGAACGAUUCAAACCCGAGAGGUUUCUCGGCUAUCAUUGUAGCGCUUCUGCCUAUGCUAACAAGGGUGACGUCGACGGCCGUGACCACUUUUCAUAUGGCAGCGGCAAGCGCAUCUGUGUCGGGCUGCAUCUGGCGGAGCGGUCACUUUUCUCAAUGACCUCGGCUCUUCUACAGUGCUUCGAUAUCAGGCCAGCCCUGGGCCCUGACGGCAAAGAAGUGUCUCUGGAGAAUGUCCCAUACUCGUCCAACCUCAUAUCCUUUCCGGAUGACUUCCCCGUCCGUUUCGUGGUGCGGAACGAUGAGAUCAAGAAGAUGCUGGACCAGGAAUGGAACAAUCUCUAUGGUAACGGGCCUGUCACGAGCUGGACAGAGUCUUAG